AUGGCCGCUUCAGCCACACCGUCGGAGAUGGCUGAGACCGAAGUGCCACCCUCAGCUCCAGAUCCAGCUCCACGUACAGGUGGCGGUGCUGGUGGUGGAUUUCCUCCAUAUCCGCCGUAUACAACGAAACCGGCGCCUCCAUCAGUCGCGGACACUAUCUUCGCGGGGCGCACUAUUCGCCGACAGCAUAAGUCCGGUGCGAAGAAGCCCGCUCAUCCUCCUCCGAGGCCGGCUAAAGCCAGAUACCCGAAGGCGACCGAUGUAAAGCUACCGAGACGAGCAAUGAAAGCGCAGGCACGGUGUCUUAAGCGCCAUGGGACUGUACUUACCGAUCGCCUCGAACGCAUAGCUAAGCCUAUCCGACGUACUAUCAUAUACUUAUGGCGAGAAUAUGCAAAUACUUUACCGCCGGAAACGAUCGCUCGUCUACGUUCAAUGCUAGAUGCUGAUGAGCCGUUUAAACCGGAUCAAGCUUAUGAGUAUUUUAUCAACUUGCGAAGAACUAAAAAGAAAGCAGCUGCUGCCCAACAAGUAAACGCAAUAAAGAAAGACAUCCUCGCAAUGUGUUACGAUAAACGGUUUCUGUGGGCGAGAAACGCUACGGUCGCAUUUGCAAAAGGUAUUCAGCAGCGACUGUCGAGGCCUGGGCGGUUUGCACUAGCUGAUGGAAUGUUAAGGUUGUCUAACAUCAUCUUAGACGAUAUGUGUGGUUACAUGCAUAUAAGGACCCCUUCGAGAUACAGCAAGUCAAACAAAUCUAAGUUUAUGCUGGAGAUGGCUGACAAGAUUGCCGUUUGGAUUGACGAAAUACUAUCUGAAUCAGACGAUCGAAUGUUGAUGAUGGACUUUGACGAAGACGAGGAAAUAGAGCAGUGGGACUCCGAUUCGGCAAAAGCACCUCAAACGGCCAUGCCGGGUGGAGCUUCAGGUGCUACCCCGGUUACGGGUAAAGGAUCCUCUGGAUCACAUACAACCCCUGAGGGUGUAACACCUUCUGAGGGUCCAACACCCUCUGGGGGAGCUACGCCUUUAACAAAGAACAUUACAUACAGUAGUAAGUUUGCAGACGAUUUUCUCGACAUGAUGGGAGACGUAAUAUGCAUCGAGAUCCUUGUUGACACCAAUACGUACCAGUCCAUUGCUUGUGCGGAUGAUUUGGAGACAGUUCUUGAAUUCAGUUUCGUUUACAAACCUGAGUCUACUGCCGGAGGCGAUGAUGGUGGUGGCGGUGGCGGAGGGAGAAAUCUAUUGGCGCCGGACCCAGCUUACUUGAAGUUUAAAGGGAAAAUGUUGGAUGCCUUUAUGCUUUUGACAAGCACGAUGUAUAAAAAAGGCGGUGAACAACUAUUCAAGCAUGGCAAAUUUACUCAAACUUACAGCGAAGGAGCUGAUGAAUUAAAGCGAGCCCCGACAUUUCACGCGUCUGAUUACAAUUCCACAUUAUCAAAUGAACUAAUUAAGACUCUCACAGAUUGCAGUAAGCCAGAAACUCCUAGCGAUCUUGCACCUUACAUGACAGAAAUGAUUGAUAUAUGCUCUAAAUAUUUAUCACAAAAUGCUGAAUAUAACAAGGAAAAGGGCCCAGCAUUUCGUAUGUUGGUAAAGAAAAUGCGUACUAAGAAGACCGAACAACUAUUUCAAAAAGAAAAGGUUACAAGAUCCUAUGGGGAUGCCGCUCAUAAGCUUCAAGUCGCUAAAGGCCUCGAAACCGAUUACGAUGAUCCGAAUCUAUCUCAAGAAAUUCAAUCACAACUUGAGAACCUAAUGGCAGGUUCUACUCCGGAAGACCUAAAAACCGAUAUGGCAGAAACCAUUGAUGUGUGUUCAAAAUAUUUAUCUCAGGAAGCAAUUGACGAAAUUGAACGCGGUCCGGCUUUUGACCUAUUGAUAAAUGAGUUAGAACAUCACGGAGCUGAUCAUUUUACCGAUUUUCGCGUCGUUACCACAAAAUUCAAGGCUGCUUACGUAUUGAAAUCUGCCCCUGGUUUAUCGGCUGUUACUCCUGAUCCUGCUACUGUGCCUGUUUUUCAAACAGCCCUGCACGCUGUAGGUGAUGCCGUAGUUCCAGAUGAUUUAAAAGACGAUAUGAAUGCGGUUAUUGACCGAUGUGCUAACUACUUAUCCGCCUUUGUACGCGACCGAGAUAUUGCAAUGGCGAACUUAUUGAAAAUGAUGAAGAGCAAACCAAAAAAUACAGUCGCUACAAGACCGACCUAUAAUAUGGACUAUGGAACGGGAGCAAAAGAGACCGAAACCACGCCAUCUUUAAUACCCUAUCAUCCUAUUAAAGACAUCGCGGAUGAAGCAAAGAAAAAUUUAACUAAAGAUAUGCAACAUAUAACUCCACCUAAUCUAGUAAUUGCUAAUAAAGCUUUGAUACAGGAUGUGUCAAGACAUUUAUCGCAACCCUUUGCUUUACGAAGUGGUAUUGCCGGUGAGAGAUAUCCACUAGAAUUUUUAUCUGCUGUGAAGCAUUCUUUGGGGACAAGACCUUUGUUUAAAUACAAAUCUUUCGGUCAAACAUAUAGAGGUGCUGCUGAUACCUUGAUGCAUUCUGGCCCUUUGGAAGUUGAUGUCAAGGGAGAGGCAGCCGAGAACUUAAAGCAUAAUAUCAAAGCAGAAAUGAAAAGAGGAGUGCCGGAGCAACUGGCACCUACUAUUGCGAAAGAGUUACACCCUACUAUGGAGAAGGCUGCUGCACAUUUGGCCAAUGUUGGAAUGGACAAAGGAGACACUUUGGAACAUCUUAUGGUGAUGAUGAAAGAAAAGGGUGAGUCUCAUUUGGCAGAGCUACAAGGAUACGACCAAACUUAUACCGAUGCAGCAAGGAGAAUAGAAAAUGCUCCGAGUCUAACCAACGUUAUGGUGCAAAAGGAUAAAUAUGUUGAAGUUAAACAGAAGAUUACUGUUAUGGCUGAUGAGAAAAAACAAAAAAUACCAGAAAAGCACGCUGAAUUGUUACCAGAGAUAAUCGAUGAAUCUUCAAAAUUUUUGGCCAAACCAUUGCCUGAGACACACGCCGAAAAGCGCGAGGUACUGGGUGAUUUGAUAGCCAAAGGUGGUGAAAAGAUUGUCGGCCAAGAGGGUGUCUAUAAAAUGACUCAUGUAGAAGGUGGUGAAGAGGUAAAAUCAGCUCCAGUCGGUAAAACUACUGCCCACGACAACAAAAAGAAAGACAAAAUGGUUGAAACGGUGAAAGCUGUAAUACCGAAUAAAAAAGUGGAAGAAAUGUUAAAAGAUCCAAUUGAAGAAGGAGCUGCACACCUUGUGGAUACCAUUAAAGGAAGAGGCGAAGCGCUGGCUGUAAUACAGAAAGAUAUCGACAAAGAAAAAGAAAAAGACUUUCUGACGGUCGGUGACUUCAGCAAAACACAUCAGCAGGCUGCUACAAUGAUAGAAGAAGCACCGCAUUUCGGCGGUCAGUCACCUUCCCCACUUUUAGUGGACUUGGUUGACAAAAGAGUGACUGACGCAAGAACUACGCCAACGCCGACACACAUACCAGAAAUGUACAUGAAAGAUGCACAAGACAUUACAACCAAAUAUCUUGCAGGAGUGGCCACUAAAGAAUGCGGUUUGGACCCGAAGGCUUUAGCAGCGUUGGAAGCGAGUGGAAAACUUGGGAAGCAAGCUCCACCACGUGCUGCAGGAGAAAGUGAAGAAGAACGCCAACGACGCUUAUUGAGGGAGGCAGCAGCUGAAGCAGCAAGACUGGAGAGGGAAAAAAAGAGAGCGAGUGCGCGCAAUCUGGCUCAGGGUGCUCGUCCCCAAGGAGAUAGUGGUGAUUCAGAGAAGGAGCGCGCUGCAGCGUUGGACAUUUUACACAAACAAUUGCAGAGCCAUGGCAAUGAAGUGUUCUAUGAGCAGCCACAUCUGAGCCUCACCCAUUCACAAGCGUCCGACUGGCUUAAAACGUUGCCUAUCAAAGUGGAGAAGUCAGUGAAGGAAUCAGGCGAUACAGCGCGCCUCCAUAAAAAGUUUGAGAAGAAACUCAGCACUCUCGUCAGUCCAGUAACACCCCCCGAAAUGUAUGAUUCUAUGCAAGAUGUCAUCAUAGAAAGUGCUCGACAGCUCUCGGAACAAUUUGUUGGAGCAAGCUACGAGUCACAGUCUCGCACUGUCGUCAUAGGAGAAAUGCAGAAACGUGGUAACGAAAUUAUCUCUGAGAUAGACGGCGCGUCUGAAACAUCUUUUUUCGCCGCUCAAAGGCUUAAAAGGGCAAAAGAUUUAAAAACAGAUGAACUGUGCACUGAAGAAGCACCAAAAUUACAGAAGAAAUUGGAUGAGAUAAUGCGGCAUUCUACCAUGCCUCGAAAGCUUGGCCCAACCGUCAAAGACCUCAACAAGGACGCAGCGAAUUAUUUGUCUACUCUUGUGACUAAACCUCAUGACGAAAUCGAGGCUCACGUAGCGCUCCUAGAAGCAAUGGAUGAAGCUGGAGACACCUUGCUUGUAGAAGGGCAGAUACCGAAGACUCAAAAAGAAGGCGCACAUUAUCUAAGACAUCUGACGUCUUUAGAAGAUAAAAUCAAUCGACCAAACAGUUCGCUUCAGUCCACAAUUUCCAGUAAAAUGAAAACUGUAACGGCAGAUGUUAAAUCACCUGGUUUCACCAAGUCUGUUAUGGACGGAGUUAUCAGUCAUAACGCGAAGUUAUUGACCUCGUAUAUAACGCUUCAAGGUGAAAAAACUGAAGCUCUGAACAUAAUGGUACAGAAGAUGGACGAGGCUGGAAACCGCGUGCUGCUGAGACACGGAAAUGUUCGCAAGGGCCACAAAGAUGGUGCUGACCUAUUACGCGGUAAAACUGCAGAUCAACUGAGCGUACAGAAUGCAGAUCCUGUUGUUGCUAGGAAAGUGGAGAUAAAGUUAAUCACUUUGAUGCACGAUAACACACCUCCAAAAUAUGAAUCUAUUAUGAAAGACGUCAUCAAAGAUGCGACAACGUAUUUAGCCGUACAUUUAUUGGAACCACAGAUCAUAAAAAUAUGCAAAUGUAUGAAAAAUGUAUUCGUACAAUGCGAGCUAUGGUGUGAAGAAAUCUUAAGACGUGUAGCUAAGCCACCAUGCACAUGUUCGAGGCAUGUCUCUGUGCAAGAUAUCAAAGAACUUUCACACACUAAACACUUAAGGAUCUGUCCUGGAUCUGCACGAGUUAUCGCGCCUGGUUUAGAAUUAGCCAUCACGGAAUGUCAAGCCGGAUAUGGAAAGAAUCAAGUAUGCCAAGCACGGAAACCCACACCGGAGUGCGGUUCAAAUGUUACUGCUUCUUAUGUCGUACAUUCUACGUCAGUCAGAAGAAAUGAGUAUGAAAUUGACCAUCCAACCCAUAUUCCACCAGAGACACAUUCUGUUUCGGAUGCCUCUGAGUCUGAUAAUCAAUCUUUCUCCCCUUUUAACACAGACUCGGAACGUUCUUCUACUGUAAAAUCUUUGUUACUAGAAAUACAUUCUCAAAACAUGCAAUAUAUGCGCAAACAUGAACAAAUUCUAUGCAUGGAAGCUACAAAAGAUAUCCCAGAAACUUCGCCGCCAUAUCGAUCUCCAGUUGGUAUUCAUAGAAGUACAGCAGUGCCCCGAAAGCAGUUACCAUCUUCAAUGUGCUCUAAGAUUUUCAAGCGAAGUGAUGCUUCGAGAUCUUCUUUCUCUUCUGUUUCUGAAGAAGUUACGUCUAAAUCAAAUAUAUCAGUAUCUAAAUCUGGAGAAGCUCGUACUUCCAUAUCAUCGGAUACGAUGGCUGAUUGGCACGCAAUGAUGAUUAGUCUAAUAUGGAAUGUGCAAGCGUGGCGAAAAUGGAUUCAGGAGAAUAUAGACCGGGGUUCAUCAUAUAAGUAUGAUCCUAAUGGCCCUGAAGAAGAACCUGAAAAUAGUAGUUGGAUUUCCUUUCAGAGAAGAGUGUCUACAGAGGCCUUACAGUGGCGUCAAUACAACAUUUUCAGUCGUCAACUUAUUACGCGACUUAUCACACGUUACCGCGACAAAGAAAUAUUGUCCCCAAACCGAGCAACUGUGAGAACUGAACGUUACCGGGAAUGUGCAUCUGAAAUGCUAGACAUAAUUAGCAUGUUCAAUAACUGGACCCAAUUUCUUAUUCUAGUAAUAAGGGAGACCGGCUCGCUACAAGAUACUACCAGUUGUAAUAUACCUUUGCAUGCAAUGCGCUGGAAUCAUUAUAAAAAUAAAAUAAUUAAAUAUUCACAUGACUGGAUUAAAUACAAUUUGCAUCUAAAAGAGUGUUGGGAGAAAAAAUAUGAACAAUUUAUCUCUGAAUGUGUUCCAUACAUCGCGGAACCACGACCCGUAUGGGUGGUUGGUGCUUGUGGAGCUGUACCUAGUGGGGCUGUUGCUGCAGGGAUUUAUGAUGGAGAAGUCAUCUGGAUUGCUAGGACCACCCAUAGGUCCCAUGUUUUGCCGGCUGCGUUGCAUCCAUCUAAGCACUGCUGCUCUGUAUAUUCUGGUGGCGCCGUUCAUUACUACACAAAGUAUCAGGUGAUGUGCAAUGCAGAAGUCAAUUGGGUGGCAUGGCGUGGGGGCGAGGUGGGCGCUCACGCCGUCCGCGUCGCUGAUGGUGUAUACAUCGGCCGAGUGCACUACCGGGGCUCUCACCUCAUUGGCCCUGUUCAUGCUCCACAAUACCGCUGCCACGUCGUGAUCUUCGGUAGACCAUUCGCAUUCAACUGCUACGAUUUACUAAUCCUAGCGAAUCUGCCCGGACAGUGA